AUGAGCAAACACAAAGCCACCGGAAAGAAGGAACAAAUAAAGUGGACGGAAAGUAUGGAUAAUAUAUUCAUACAAUCCAUGAUAGCGCAACAGGAUAAUGGCAAUAGGAUUAAUGGCAGUUUUACUUCACAAGCAUACAACAAUAUGAUUGAGGAGCUGAACACAAAGCUUCAAAUUGAAUUGACCAAAAAACAUUUGAAGAAUCGUUUAAAAACAUUAAAAGAGCAUUUUUCCCAAUGGUACGACAUGUUUCGUGGAACGUCCUUGAGUGGAUUCUCAUGGAAUUCAGAAACUCAAUUAAUUGAAGCCGAGGAUGAAGUCUGGGAUAAAUUAAUAGAAUCAAAGCCUGAUGCUGCGGCAUUGAAGACAAAGAAAGUCUCAAACUUCAAUGAAAUGCUACAACUAUUUGCAAAAGAUAGGGCAACCGGUGCACAAGCUGAAACAGCCAAAGAACGAAAUGCCCGACUGAAAGAAAAUGACAGCAUUAACAUAGAAACAGUUCCAGAAGUUGAUGACUUCUGCGCUGCUAAUGAUGUAGUUCUGGAGAGCCAAUGCAAUACUGAUGAUGAUAUUCAAGUGCUACAUCCUACGUCUUCUCGUGCAAAGAAAUGUAAGAGUAGAAAAAGAAAAGUUGAACAACAAGAUGAAGAUUUAACCUCUAUUAUUAUGAAUGGCGUUAGCGGUGUGGCUAAUGCUAUUUUAGAAGGCAAUAAAAUACUUGAAAGAGCUUAUCAUCGCGAGUACACAGGUGAAGAAAUUUAUAAUGCACUGGAGCCAUUGGGUUUGGAUUCCCAUGAAAUACGUGGAGCUUUAAAUUACUUGGAAACCAACCAAGCAAAAGCAAGGAUGCUAUUUAGUUGUCCUCCUCUGAUACGGUUGGGUUUACUAAGAGAUAUGAUGGGUUCCGGUAACUAAGCGAGUUUAGGAUGCUUUUGUCUGGUAGAAGUGCUACAUCCUUUUUUAGUAACUUUUAUUUCUUUGUUGGGUAUUUUAUUAUUGCUUAUGGGUCUUGUGAUUGUUUAUGAUGCUUAAUUACA